AUGGCCGCGAAGGGCGGCGGCGGCGGGGGCGUGGGCACGCUCAAGUCCACCUCCAUCAACGGGGUCAAGCUCUACUCCGUCACCGGCAAGAACUACGUCGCGCCCUGGGUCCUCGCCAAGAAGAAGCGCUCCCUCCGCAAGGACGCAGAGUACCAGCGGAGGCUGGAGCUGAUCCAUGACCUCAGGUUCGAGACCGCCACCACCAGGAUCAAGGUCACCCCCGACGGCCAGUAUGUCAUCGCAUCAGGUAUUUACCCCCCACAGAUGAAAGUCUUUGAGUUGAAGGAACUGUCAAUGAAGUUCGAGAGGCACAUGAUUUCAGAAAUUGUGGAUUUCGAGGUCCUUGGUGAUGACUACUCAAAACUCGCAUUCUUGUGUGCUGAUCGUUCUGUAUGCUUGCAUGCAAAGUAUGGAAGUCACUAUAGCGUGAGAAUUCCAAGAAUGGGAAGGGACUUGGCCUACGAUUGCUGGUCUUGUGACUUGCUAUGUGCUGCUUCAUCACCAGAUCUAUAUAGAAUCAACUUAGAGCAGGGACGAUUCCUCGCAUCUCUUUCUACCCAAUCACCAGCAAUAAAUGUUGUUACACGGAGUAUGAUCCAUGGGCUUGUUGCUUGUGGUGGUGAGGACGGUGCAGUUGAGUGCUUUGAUAUGAGGAGAAAGUCUUCUGUUGGCAGAAUUGAUACAACUUCUUCUUCUGAAGAUAUUGAUCAGGAGGUCACAUCUUUGCAAUUCGAUGAAAAUCAAGGGUACCUUAUUGCAGUAGGGAGCAGCAUAGGAAAGGUAUCGGUAUAUGAUAUACGCAUGUCUUCUCCUCUGCGAGUCAAGGAUCACAUGUAUGGCAGCCCAAUUUUAAAUAUCAAAUGGCACCAGUCACUUAAUUCUACUGAACCUAAAUUGAUAACUGCUGAUAAGCAUAUAGUACGGGUUUGGGAUCCUAAUACAGGAAAUAACAUGACUAGCGUCGAACCUGAUAAUGGUUCUAUCAAUGAUGUUUGCAUCUUCCCGAAUAGUGGUUUAAUGCUAUUAGCCCUGGACAACAGCCAGAUACCUGCCCACUUUAUUCCUGCACUUGGCCCUGCUCCAAAGUGGUGCUCCCAUCUUGAUAACCUAACUGAGGAGAUGGAAGAGAAACAAGAAAACACAUUAUAUGACGAUUACAAGUUUUUGACUGAAGAAGAGAUGGAACGAUUGGGUCUCUCUGAGUACAAAAACAGUGAUGCUGUCAGAGCACAUUUACAUGGAUAUGUCAUACGCUACGAUCUAUAUAAGAAGCAACGGGCUAAACUUGAUAUUAUGGAUUAUGAGACUCUUCAAAAAGAGAUGAAGAAAAAGAAACUAGAUGCGCAAAGGAAAUCUCGUAUAACGCAAGUUGUCAAAAUACCAAAGGUUAACCGGCAAAUGUUUGACAAUAUACUUGCAGAGGAAGAGGAAUUGGAUGCUGAUGUGGAUAAUGUUGAUAAAUCUAGCACCAGGAAGAAGAAAAGAAGAUUAGAAUUGACCAAGUCACUAUUGACAGAUCCGCGUUUCGAUGAAAUGUUUAAAAAUAAGGCCUACGAAGUCGAUGUAACCUCAAGAGAAUACCAAGCACUCCAUCCUCAAGUGGCUACAGCGGAGCCUCCUCUAAUUGAGGAACAUUUUGAUAGUGUCAGUGAGGACGAAGACGAACAAGAUGCUGGUUCUUCUGAUGAGUCUGACAGUGACAAUGACAUUCAUAAUUCGAAGCGUAUAAGGUUGUACGAAGUCAAGGAUGAUCGCCAUGCUGAAGCGUUCUUGAACAGUGUCUCCCUUGGCGGUGAGGAAGCUCGGCCCCUUGGAGAUAGGGUAGCUGCACUGGAAAGGCAACAGAACUCCCGUGCACUUGAUAAGGUGAAGUACGGACCUGGUGGCUCACGAGAAAUCUCGUUCAUCGCUAGAAGCUCAAGAAGGCGCAACGACGAAGAAGAUGAACACAGCGAAGAAGAGGCUACAGGUAACAAGAGGAGAAGCGUGCAAUCCCUGGGGUUGAAGCAGGGCAAGGCCGAGUUCUAUUUGUUUGGUGGAAGCCGUGGCAGAGGUGGCGGCGGAGGUGGUCGCGGCAGAGGAGGCGACCGCGGUAGAAGAGGCGGAGGCGGUCGUGGCAGAGGAGGCGGAGGCAGAGGUGGCGGCAGAGGCGAGUUUGGAGGCGGAGGUGCAAGCGAAUUUGGAGGCAGAGGCGGAGGGGGAGGCAGAGGCAGGGGUAUGAGCAGGGGCAGGGGUAGGGGCAGGAGCAGAGGAAGGGGAAGGGACUGA